UGUCUUAAAUUUGCCUUGUUGCAGGGCUGGACCUAUUCUGUGGAUUUCCCGUUCACUUACACCCACGAGAAGCGCUGGAACUCGAUGGUCCGGCGACGCAAGUGGAUUCGGUAUCGCCGCUACGUUGCCACUGACCGCUGGGCUGAGAUUGAAGGGAUCCAUUCAGAUCCUGUCCAGGAACCCGUGGUGGAUGUGUCCAUUGGCGGCGUGGAGGUUCCCGGUGGUGACCCUGACCACAUUGCUGUCUGGGUCGUCACUGUGCUUGGCAGGGUGUUGUUCCGUGAGAAUGUCACACGACUCUGCCCCGAGGGCACGUCAUGGAUUCCAGUGCCGGUUCCGGAGAACUCUGAGGUCAGCCAAGUCUCCGUCGGUCGCACCGGCUUGACUUGGGCGGUGGCCUGGAAUGGAAACGCACUCGUCCGUCUCGGUGUGUCACGCUACAGUUACAUCGGAACUGAAUGGACGGAAGUGGCUGCACCCGAUGCUGAAGAGAAGUUGUUGCAAGUUGCUGUGGGGCAGAACAUGGUGUGGGCCGUAGGAAGAAACGGAACGGUUUGGUUUCGCAAGGGCAUACGGUGCGACGACCUCGGCUGUCGGGCCUCGGUUACGGGGUCCGGUUGGGUGAAGAUGAUUGGCACAAUGGCCAUGAUCAGUGUCGGUCCCAAUGACCAGGUAUGGGGCAUCACGCGCGAUGACCGCCAGCUGUGCCUGCGUACUGGGGUCACGCUCGAGGAGGCCAGUGGCCGGGAGUGGAAGGAGAUUGUCGCACCCUUUGGGAACGCUCCGAGCCGGACUGCCAGCGUGAGCUCGCUGACGUCCCUGGGCAGCCUUCGGCUGGCCACACCCUCGUACGCAGCGGUGGUGACGGAACGCGGCGACGAUAUGCCGCCGCCGACGCCGGAGCGGAAGAAGAUGUCUCGCCACAGCUCGCGCUCCGGGUCGCCGUGCAGCGACACCGUGGUAGCAAGACACCAGGAAUCUGCAGGCUCAUCUCCAAUGCAUAACCUUGCGCAGUCGGCAUUUGGCGAACUCUCACCCUGCAUGAAUUCCACUUACCCCGACGACUGGCCGACUCCUGCAGUCCAUGACGUAGUCGGCUCCAUCACGUGGUCUUGGGUCAGUGGUACCGCCUGCACGAUUGACUUCCCCGGUGCCCUGCCCAACUGGUUCAGUCUGACAGGUUCAACGGUUGAUGGCGCCGUUCGACAUUUGGAAAAUGCUCAGUGGCGGAAGCUUGUGCUGCGCCGCCUCCGAGACCGUCGGGAAAAGGAGACGGACAACUACGACUACGAUUCCGCAAUCGAAAAGUCUACAUGGGUGAAGUGUGCAACCGCGCAGCUGUGGCGCGACUCGCACCCCUGCCAGUGGGUGCGCUGUCGGCUCGAGCUGGAACGGCUCGGCUCAGAAGGGGAAGCGUGCGACCUGGCCAUCUUGAGGCUGCUCUACCACCAUGCUGGUUCUGACAGGAGGAUGGCCUUAAACCUUGCCGAAGUUACAUCCGCUUGUGACCUGUCGAACCGGGAACGCCGUCUGCUGGGGAUCUACACACAGACCCUGAAUGAGAAGCGUUCCUACAUCAAGCUGGCGUUCGGGACUGACGACGAACUCGAAGACUGGAUUGCCACGUUGAACCUGGUGGCCUUCGGAAUGCGAGGCAUGACUGACAAUGCAGUCCCUGCUGGCGCUGCCUGGGGUGUCGCGGAACGGGGUCACGUGUUCGUCCACGAAGAUGGCGAGCCCAAGUCACACAUCGAUGACAUGGCCAUGACAGACAUCUCCUGGCGUCACCUGGGUGGCGGCCACUUCCAGAUGGUUGAGUCUUGCCCUGCCGGCGUCACAUGGGCACUGGGCAAUAACAAGACGGCGUGGGCCUACACAGGAGGUUAUGGAGGCGGCGUCUUCAAAGGUCUGACGGGCCACAACGUGGGGGUGGGGCCCAUGUCGGACAUGAAGUGCGUGUACAUUUACGAGAACCAGCGCUGGAACCCCAUCUCGGGGUUCGCUCCCCGAGGUCUGCUCACCGACCGUUACAUGUGGAGUGAUGCCUCGGGACUGGUCGAGUGCACCAAGGAGGGCACCAAGCUCGACUCCGUCCACUGGCACUGGGUGAGCGACUGGCAGGUGGACUACCACACCCCGGGCGGCGUGGACCAGGACGGAUGGCAGUAUGCGGCCGACUUCCCCUUCUCAUACCACGGCGCUAAGGGCAUCACUGACUACGUGCGCCGGAGACGUUGGUUCAGGCUUUGCCGGCUGAACACGACCGGGCCCUGGGUCGAGGUGGAGCCGAUGCCCCUUCGAGACGUGUCGCUGUCGCUCGACGCUAGGCCGGGUCACGUGGGUGAAGGAGGCGUGGCCCUGUGGGCAGUGUCUUCCACCGGGGAGGCCGUCUACCGAAAGGGUGUGACACCCGAUUGCCCACAGGGCAAGGCAUGGAUGCAUGUGGCGACUGAGCAGCAGUUUGAGUCCAUCAGUGUUGGGGCCCGGCACCGUGUGUGGGCGAUUGGCCAGGAUGGCUGGGCCUAUGCGCGCAACGGCAUAUCGGACGAGCGACCCACGGGCACUGCUUGGUUCCACAUAGAGCCUCCGUCUAGUAGCACGACACUGACAAAGGUUUCGGCUGGGAAUGCUACCGUAUGUGCCAUCGAUGCUUCGGGCAAGCUGUGGCGUCGUGCCGAAGUCAUGGACACCUUCCCGGAAGGCACUGUCUGGACCUUGAUGUCAGAAAAUGUUCACUCUGUCUCUGUGGGCCCUGACGACCAGGUAUGGGCUGUUAUAGACGUCAUUCGAAACAAGAGAGUCCUUCUCAGCCGAGUUCUAGCAAGGCGGAAAGGCAUCACAGAAGAAAACCCCAUAGGAAUGGAAUGGGAAACGGGAUAUGGGAUGAGUUGGCGGCAUGUAUCUAUUCGUGGCUGCACAAGGUACCAGUCUUGAAGUCUGGAAUGGCAAAGUAUCCUAGAGAUAUUCGCACGAAGCGCCUCCCUAAUUGUCAGUGUGGAUGGUGCAACAUCUGCAGUGCUGAAACCAAAAGUUGAUUGUUGUGAGGGCUGGCAACCUCUCUGUGCAGUUAUUUCUUGUGGACCAUGAACGUUUCACCCACAUUGCUAUAUGUGAGAAAUUAUACAUAAGGUGAUCUCAUCACUCAUCAUGUGCUCACACAUUGUUAUUCUGGUCAUGUUCUUUUGAAGUCAUUGUUUGUCCAUAGACUGCUGAUGUCUUUGACUGAUGUCUUUCUCGAUUGACGUUUUGCCCACAAUGUUACACGCAAAAGAAAUCGUAGAUGGGAUGAUCUCAUCUCUGAUCAUGUACUCACGCAUUGUUACUCUGGUCAAGCUCUUGGAGAGUCAUUGUGUGACCAAAGGCUGAUGUCUUUCCCAGUUGUGAUCUUUAGGGGUGUUGAAUUAAUCAAGCUUUCAAUUCGAAUCGGAUACUAAUGCAUUUGAAUGAUAUGUGCUCAAGUAUUGAAUCAAACAGCAUAUGCUUUGUUGCUUCUAAAUUAAAAACAACAUGAAGAGGAAGAUGCUGCAGAAAAAAUCUUAUUUAUGUUUCCUGAAAUAGUAGAAGCUCAUUGAUACAUUUUAGAAAAAAAGUGAGAUAAAAAAACAUACUAAUCGGGAAAACAUACGAUCCGAAGUCACUAAAAAAUGUGGCAGACUCAACUGUAGUUAACAUCUAGUAGCGCGAAGUGUUCAGCGAAUCGUUGGGGCACGCUACGCCGACGCGCACCAAGCUGUCGAGGCCCAAGCGGCUUGAGAUGCGCGUAGUCGUUUUUGCUGCUUCGGCAAGCUUACACUUGCGCUUCUCGAAUUUGGCUUGGGCCAUGCAGCUUCUUCGCGUGAGGCAUUUUGCGGCAACUUUUGACGUGCUCACUCAGCGCAAAUCGUUGCGGAGUGAGACGCCGAUGAGCGUCGAGCUGGCGGUGCCCGAGUGAGCCAAGGUGCGCAUUGUCGUUUUUCUAUUGCGUAGUGUUUUAGCGCGACAGCGUUAAGGGUCCUGUGUCGCAGAAAAUCCGGUGUCGCCGUCCGGCGCUGUAGCUGGCGUUGGCAUCCGUGAGCAAAAAUUGCUGUAUAUGUUCUGUACGGCUCUAAAGUUCUUCUAUCCCUAAAGUUGCUCAUACCUUGUCUUACAUUCUUUACAAAGUUAUUCCUCGGAAUUUCAAGAAUGGCAGCCUGCAAACAAAUGUCAUAAAACAAAACACCGACAGUGCGUGCCUUUUGUGUUAAACCAUCUCAGACUGAAAUAUUAAAAGUGAAAAACAAUAACAGAAGAUUGGCUGGCGCAAGAGACUGCGUGUCUACCAGAAAGCUCGCCUUUGUGCAUAGCGUUCGCUGCCAGCGUUUCCCGGUAAACAUUACGGUCACAUAAGCUGCAGUUGCCGGGAAGCAUAAGAAGCAGCUGGGGAUCUUUGAAUGCUAUCGCGUUUCACUCUUAAAGGCAAAUCUUAAGCGUCCUUCAAGGUUUCUUGUUUACAUGGGAUCUGGCGGCCGGAAUACGUAUCAUACAAUCGCAGUCUGGCGAUGUACUGAACGUCGGUGCCGAAAGAUAGUGUUUUCCUGGACCCUAUCAACCGGCAAAAAAGAAGCAUAACUUAUUGGGUAACUUUUUUUUUGUUCUUGGUCGCCAACGUUGGCGCCGGUAAAUCGUACGAAACGGGGUCGUAUCAUCGAGGUUCUAUUUAUAUGCGUUCGUGUUUGAAAGUGGCUUUGACUAAGCACCUUGCAAAUGAUCAAAAAGUGAAAGUUUGCGAUAGUUCCUAGUUGGCUUCAAACAGGCACUUAAAGGGCAACUGAAGCACUUUAAAAAAAAAUUGAGCUUUCAUCGAAUUAUCAUAGUUUUUCACCCCUUGAAUACGAAAAUCAUAGUUUACCAGGCCAGAAGUCACCGCUAGUCACUUUAAUUUAGCAAAAACCAGCCGCAGCGUCUGCAGGAGAUGCCACAGGUCGGUUCACGGGCUCUGAUGGCUAAAAGGAGCGUGAUAGUCAUCAUAGGUAUCGGUGAGGUGCGUGAUUCGAAUAGAGUUCCCUACGUGACCCCUGUAUUGACGUCAUCCUCACGCCCGGACUUUCGCCGCUACACUCCGCUGCGAGGAGGGCAGAGCUUCAACUGAAAAUUUAAAUGGCGAUUGCAACGUUGCUACAGCGCAUAAUCGAGAAAAUAACUCCAGGAGUUUAAUUAUAUUGUGUCAGCCUUCCAAACCCCGGUAGAUCUCCCAAUUCUAAAACCUCUUCAGCUUCCCUUUAAAACAGCUGGUGUACCAAAGACAAUUUUUUUUCAUGCCUGCCAAGCUCCAAUAAUAGUGUUAGCCCCAUAUGUUCUUUCAUAAUAGAAGUUCUAAACGAACUGAAUACGAAGUUAAGACAAAUGCAUUCGAUUCAUAUUUGAAAUUUUGAAUAUGCACAUACCCUCGGUGAUCUUCACUUGCUCCUGUGUGACGUCCCAGCGGCCGAUUCUAUUUCAGGUCAUCAAGAUGUGCAGCGUUUCAACAUAUAGCUAUCACGCAUUUAUUGAACUCUCUGCACAUCGUCCUGCAUGCCUUUCUGUGAGAGUGACUGUAGUUUAGGACACAUGGAAAAGGAGAUGUGUCUAUAUGCUUGUUUGUUCAGGUUGUUGAGGGGUUGUGAAGAGGAAAGGCAGUGUCGGCUUGUGCUGUGUUUUUCCUGUUAAUGUAUGGAGCCUGUUGACGUUAUAGGUGCUUGUCUUACAGCGUAGCUGUGAGGAGGUUGGAUGAGGCUUUGCAACAUUAAAGACCAACUGCAACGAAAAUUUUGGGCAGUGUAUUAAACUUGCGUUUCAGAUAGUGUAGGUAUAGCGUAUCCUUUUGUUGAAAACUUUACGCUUACCUAAUAUACCAGCGAAUGAGUCAGGAAAGGGUCUGAAAUGUUGAUGUUCUUGAUGCCGAAGCUGGAAAAAAAUGCUACCAUUAUCGCUCAUUGCAAGUGACACAAACCGCGGAACGUUGAGAAUCCUAGGGCAGCUAGCUCCCUCGCCACGGCCUGAGAAAUUGGGCAGCGGCAUCUGUGACAUGUCGAGGCCAUGGUCUGAGAUUUGUGUCGUAUCUGCUAACCACCAGGCGCACACAUCUUCUAAUGAAGUUCCAUCUAUUCUUGAAAAAAUUGGACAAUUGCCAGCCUUGACAAUUGUCUUGACAAGAUUGCUUCGAUAGUGGGUAGUACUACUAAUAUAUAACCAAUUUAGCCAAAGUGAAAUUUUGUUGCAGUUGGUCUUAAGUCAUCAUCUGUAUGAGUGAUGUGCAUUUAUAACUUUCAGCAGAAGCAGCUCCUCCGCUUGUGCAGAGGUUACGAAGAGUAACUUAUCGGUCACCUGCAUAACUAGCACAUUGUGGGCUCAAUGACACUGUUACAAAAAAACACACCCAGCCCAAAAUGUCUUCAAUAUCACUGAUGUAGUCACAUUUUUAAUUUCACGAAAGUCACAUUUUUAAUUUUUUGGUUGUAUAUUUGUUAAGCACUGUAUAAAUAUGCUGCUCAAUGCACAUUACAGAGAAGCCCGCCGGGGUGGCUCAGUCAGCUAAGGCGUUACGCUGGUGAGCACGAGGUCGCGGGAUCGAAUCCCGGCCCCGGCGGCCGCAUUUCGAUGGAGGCAAAAUGCAAAAACGCCCGUGUGCUUGCGUUGUAGUGCACGCUAAAGAACCCCAGGUGGUCAAAAUUAAUCCGGAGCCCUCCACUACGGCGUGCCUCAUAAUCAGAACUGGGUUUGGCACGUAAAACCCCAGAAAGAAGAAGAAGACACAUUACGGAGAAGUGAGAGUAUAAGUAUUUGUUGGCCAAAUUACGUAGUUGCCCGAAAUAGGCAAACUGCUGGCAGAACCAAGGUUUUAAUUACAUAAUGCUUACCGUUGUGGGGGUGAGGAUCGCAGUUAGCUUUAAGGCUUUAUGCACUUAAUGUCAUAUUCAGCACUUCUUGUUUUUGUCUGAACACCACUGUCCAGUGAUCACGAGCAUUGUAUAGCAUCCACCAACGGCAAGCCCUUCUGGUUAAGCCCAAAGCUCACGAAAAUUGAGGGAUUGUAGAUGCACUGUUUCAUCUUGAGUUAUUAGGCGCAGUGUGGUUUUGGUGCUUGUGUGAUAUAUCGUAUUAACGUGAAAUUGGGCGCCCCGAAAUUUUAGCACCUUUAUAUUUUGAGCGCUCCUUCAUGCCUGGCCCAUGCAAUGAUGCUAGCUCGUUGAAAAGGGACAAGUGCAGGCCGAGGCGAACAGAUUACAAUGAUGCUUCGGCCUCCACACAGGAACGUUGUUCAGUCCUUUCACAUUCUUUGAGACGAAGUCAUUCUUGGCGUGUUACCCCCACUUUUCCGUACGGUGGGUGUGUGCUUUUAACCUCUUUUGUGGGCCGAUCCCAGAGAUAGUGCUGUCUAAGUGCCACUGGCUAUGUGCAACACGCGUCACUAGGUAUGUGAUGACACUGGGUAUGUAAUGACUUAAUGACUAUGAUGAUAAUAACUGAGGACAGAAAUCAGGGAAAGCAAUUUAACCUCUAACUGACGUCGAUCAAACGCCCCUCCAGUGCUGCUCUCACAACAAAUUACGCGGUUCAUACACUCCAUUCUCAUCCCCAACUUGCUCAGGAAGACUGUGUUUCAGCGACGUUAGUUAAAGGUUGAAUCACCUUCCAAAUUUUUGUUAUGGGAAAGAUGCAGCAGCUAUGAAAACGAUAGCAAGACACGGCGAUAAAAAUAACGCGCAUACAAGUAAAUCCCUCUUUGUCUUUGUCUCAAGUUGUGCUGUUCAGCGCUAAGAGUCUUAUCAAUCUCUGGGUUUGUAAAAUUUUCACGCUGUCUGUACAUGUGUGUUGUGUUUUAUCGAUGCCAUUCCUUCGCGUGUAAAAUGAAACGAGUAAAGAAUAUGUGAGAACUGCAAAGAAAUGUUUGUUUCUUCCAGCUGGUGGCCCUCGACUCUGCGUUGGCACAUUGACCUUUGUGCCGUUGAGCGCGAGGUGGAAGGUUCGGAACGUUUCAGAUGGUGCUGGCCUCACUUUCGGCUCCGAAGUGCAUGUGGCGACCGUCCGCGCUCACCUGGCAGCCUUUGUGCAUAUAGCUAAUAGGCACUGCUCAGCGUGCACUAUCUGCAAAGUAGGAGUGGUGUUAGGGUGUUAAAUUGUGCAACAAUAUUUCUGAAUCGAAUCUUAAUAUAUUGUAGGAUAUACUUAUAUAGUACGUGGACAUACGUACGAAAAACUUUAUCUUUUCCAAGAU